AUGACAGCAGAUAUUUUAGUUUGUGACAAGAUCCACUUUAGACAUGACCCAAAAUGGAGUGGUUACCUGAUGCCUUCAGAGGGUGGAGGUGGAGGACUGCUGAUCUGUGUUGCCUGUGUCAUUGAAAUGCUUGAAAGCAAAGACAUUUCGUCAGUGAGGAAGACUUUUGCCUUGUCUGCCAUCAGUGGGGUGCUGAAGAGUUCUUCGGGCGGUUUGAGAGAGCUGCUACGACAGGACUACCAAGUGUCUGUGCGUUUUACAGCUUCAUUACUGGGGAUGCUUCACACCACAGAGGACCCAGUCAUUGAGGAAAAGGUUCAGCAAGUCCUGGUUCAGCUGCUGUUGGAGCUCCAGAGUGAGGUGUCAUUUCACUUUGUUUUGGAUGAGAUAAACAAACAGCUAAGUGACCAGCUCAAAGUGAAAGGUUUCCUGCCAUCAUAUAACCUCCUGGGGACCCUGGUGGAAACAGUCCCCAAUUUGGCCCAUUGCCUGGUGACUCAGUAUGUACCCUUGCUGGAACAUUUGUGCUCAGCCUUGCUCUACCCAGAUGAAGCACUGAAGUCCUCAGUCUUCUAUGUCUGGCUCAAACUGUUCGGCACAGCUGGGGGAUCCGCAGCGCAGUCUAUACCUCUUGGCAUCAGGGAAAGAGUGUGUAUCCUGUUGAGUCAGACUUUGGCCAAUGCAGGCUCUGCACAUCUCAUCAAAAAUUGUGUCGGCCUGCUGUGGCUGCUGGUGCAGCAGGGAGAAAUGGUGUCAGUUCUGAUGAAAAACCCUGACAGUCAGACGGUGUGCGAUGAGAACCAGAGCAUCCACACAGGCAACAGCCAGACCAUCUGCCAACACCAAGAGCAACAGCCUCUUGACCACAGCCAUUUGCCUCUCAUAUUGAAACAGUUGCUGCUGAGUGGUGAUGAGGUGUUACAGGUGACCAGUGCUAAGUGUAUUGCAGCUGUCCUGGUUCAUUCUCCCAGUCAGUACAGUGCGCCCUUCAUCAAGGCUGACAUACCUGAGUUUCUGUUUGACCGUCUGUCCAGUACCAGUAGUGAGGUGCUGCUGUGGUCUGCCUACAGCUGUUUGGUGUUACUGACCGAAGACCCACUCUUCUUCUCCCAGUGUCACUCUAUCUAUGGUAUUGAAUCCCUGGUGCGCAGUUUAAAGGAGGCUCUACAGUUGUCCAACCUGGAGGUGCAGAAACAAGGGCUGCUGCUCCUGACUGAGAUAUUGGAAAGGCAGCCACCAAAUGUGCGUCUUUUCUCCAGUGGUCCCGGGUUUGUAGCGGUUUCAGAAGCUGUGAUAGCUGGAGUCUCCUCCCCCUACUUGCUGGUAGCCACACAGGGUGUCAGUGCUGCCACUGCCCUCUUCAGGCUGAACCACCAAUCCCAACCAGUACAGUACACUGAGUUAGAAAGACUGGUUGAGGCCAUCACUAUUCGAUUCUCCGAGCUCCCCCUCCUUUCCUCUGCUCAUCACAGAAGCUCUGGGCAUGUGAAGAUGUCAGGCCUCAGCACAACGGCUUCCAGGUUUGAGGCGUUUCUGCUCCAGGCCUUGGUUUGUUUUCAGGCUGUCUGCAGGUUGGCUGAGGAUUGUGCAUCAGAGCCUGAUCUGAAGGAGAAUGCAUUCACAGCUCCCGAUAAACACAGCCAUGCUCAGGACUCAAUGGAGUCCCUGUGUCACUGCCUGCUUCGCUGCUGUGACUCCAUCUGGAUACCCACCGUUACCAGGACGUGUGAGCGUGCACUCAACGCUCAGAUACUGCAGUACUUCUACUCCGUCCUGUCCUCCCAGUUCACUCUCCUCCCUCCUCUCAUGCCGGUUUUUGCAAAUAAGCUAGCCUCCUCCGGGUUCUUCAGGCUGGCUCUCGAACACAAAGGUCUUCUCUGUGCAGGAAACAGGAACCCAGAACUGAAUGCAUCGUGCUGUGGUUUUCUACAGAAACUCAGUAUGUGUUUACUUUCCCAGUCAGACCCCGCUUCUGGCUCCAAAAAGCAUGAUGUUGAAGAGGUGGAAAAUGUUCUGCUAUACAACCUUCCCUCUCUGUGUUGUCGUCUGUCUGACUGGCCUUCACUGCUGUACGAAGACUCAGGACGCCAGCUGUGUGAAUAUAAAGGUCCAAGGGCCACUCAGUACUGUCUGGUGAUAAUGCUUCACCUUGCCUUACAGCAAGGCGACAGGCUCCUACCAGACCAGACUGUGUUCUCCAGUGUUUUGUGGUGGUUGCAUUCAGUGCAGGACCAGGGCAGCUGUGAUCUGCCUCGCUCAGUGCUCCGCUCUGCCCUCUACCUGCUUGCAGUGACACAGGACAAGAGCCAGAGUCUUGACAGGGCUCCAUUGAAUUGCAUCAGCAAGGCACUCUCCUCUUGUCAAAGCUUCUCUUCCCUUUACAUUCACCAUCCUGCACUCCUCCAUUUCAUCUUUCGCUAUCCGGAGCUAGCAGAGAAAUUUGGGCCCUUAGUCCUGGAACUUUGGUUAAACAAUCGAGCACAGCACACAGAUGCAGAGCAGUCCAUGGUAAGGAGGCAAGAAGAUCAUGAAGAGGAGACUCACAAUCAGGAGCCUGACACUGAAACUGAGGAGCUUGUCACGCUGAUAGAGAAGCAUCCAGCUGUCAUACUGAUCCUCCUGGACAUGCUUUGCACCAGGGAGGCCCCUCUAGCAGAGCGAGCCCUUGGCGUACUAGAGGUGCGAUUAUGUGGUAAAAGAGAGUAUGAAGUGGAUUUGUGUUCCAGACUUAGACCAGCCCUUCUUCAGGCACUGCAGAGGUUCAGUGUGGAGAAUGUCGACCAUGUGCUCGGAGAGGGGCACACCAAACAGUUGAACUCCCUCCCUCUGGUGCUGAAGCUGCUUUGUGUGACACAGGCCAGUGACCUGCCUUUAUCUUCCUCCUACAGUAAGAUGGACGGAGUGCACUUCAAGCUGCUCUACCAUGUAAGUAAUAUAGCAGGAAGGUUGAAGCCCACCAAUACUGAGAGCCUGCUGCCUGCCCUCAGUUACCUGUAUUGCUGCCUGAGUCUGUGCCCCUCACACUGCACUGACAGAGCUGUCUCCACGCUGCUAUCGAACACUGGACUGAUGGACCAGCUGCAGACAAUCCUUUCCUCCUGCUCCCCUACUCCUUGCCUUCCUCCGUCAGCCUUUCCUCCUUCAUCCCUGCUGUGCUGCAGCCAUUUACUCCUGUCCUCUCUCAUUAAAUUGCAACGUGUUCAUUCUGCUCAGGUCCAUAAGAGCAUCAGUUGGCGUCUGGACACAGCUGUGCAGCAACUCCUUGUUCAGAAAAGAAACACAGAUGAUCUUUUGCUGGUCAGCUAUGUGAGGCUACUGCAGGCUCUACUUGAUGCUGACCUGGUAUCGGCAGUCAUAUGUGUGAGCACUGGCCCUGGCUUGGUUGGGCCCAGACCACUUGGCGUCCAGGACGGAGCUUUGUACCCACUGGGCUGCAGAGGCGCUCAGUUUCUCUCAAGUGCUCUCAGUGGACUUCUUUUACAGAAGCACGAGCUGCUGCUAAGAGCCUCGGUCAACUGUUUGAGCUCCUUGCUGGGCUUCCUCCAGAGAAAGAGUCAUAUUACAGCAAAAUAUGUGGUGUGCCAGCCAUGGACCCGAUUCCUACUUUAUUGCCUGCUUAACUCAGGAGAGAGUUGCUUUCUGCACCCUGCCAUUCUCAGACUCUUCACACUUCUCCUGCUGCACAGCAGUACGGCUGUGCUGUGGGAGCCUGACCUGCUCCGCGUGAUGGAGGCGGUCGAGAGGAGGGGGGUGAAGGAGCUCAGCCAAGAAGCAGCACAGGCCCUCAGGCUGCUCCUCACACAGAUCCAGAGCAGUGCCCUGCAGUGUCCUCCCACAGAGGGGCACACGCUGAGAGUGAGGAAUAUGAUGGAGGAGCUCAACCUACAAACACCAGCAAAGAGCUGCGUUUCCAGUGUGUCCAGCAACAUCCUGCAUGUCAACGAUGUGUCCAUCUGUCUGUCAGACUUUACACUGACGCUAGACUGAUGUUCCAGCUAAAACUACAUGCACCUAAUUAAUAAUGAUGCUAUUGGUUUGACAGCUUUCUUUCAUUCAUGUGUGCCUGUUGUGUAUUUUCUGUUUCCCUCACAUGCUCCUGAUGGCAUUUAAUUGUUCAUUUGAAAUGAGUCAUUUGAAUGUACAAGCGGUGUUAAAGACAAAAUACUCAGCUGUGAACCUUUGGCAUUUCAAGACAAUGCAGCAUCAUACAAACGUCAGAUCUAAAA